CAACUGCUGCUGGCAGAAAGCUUCAAAGUCCCGGCCGGAGGAAGUUUCUCCUCGAUCACAUCGACGCAAAGCUUCGUUGCUUCUGGAAAGUAUGACGGGAAACCCGCGUUCGCCGCAAUUCAAGAGUCAGUGACGGCGGGGCCUCAGAUGCGACGGGUCGCGUCGGCGCUGUCUAUCAGGCUCCCCGAUGGCGCUCGCACAUCCAAUGGUCGCCUUUCUGCGGAAUCGUUUACCCUCGGCCCGCUACGCGCUUCUUCCGCUGCAGGCGAAACAGCUGAAGACGACGAGGCAUCCAAUGCAUCGACGAGUCAGGUGGUGACGCGUAAGGAUCUUGUCGCCUCCGUAGCAGCUGAGCUGCAACUCUCUCGGGCAGAUGUGGAGCGAACUGUCGGUGCACUCCUGCGACACAUCGCCGCCAGCUUGGAGCAGGGACAAAAGGUGUCCAUCUCAAAGUUCGGCAGCUUCGGUCUGAGACGUCGAGGCGAAAGAGUCGCAAGAAAUCCCCGUACUGGCGAACCACUGAAUGUCCCCGCCACAACUUUCCCGACUUUCAGCUUCUCCAAGGUUCUGAAAGACAAAGUGCGCGACGUCAUGCCUGCUCAUGAAGACGACGGCGAUGACGACUCUGAAGAGCCGAAGAAAAAAGGCCUGUUUUCUUGGAACUGA